AUGUCCGACGAGGAGACGAGUCGCUAUAGCUACCGAGUGAACCGCCUCGUGCAAAAGGACAUUGGCAAACCCAUUCACGCGAUGAAACACUUUAACGCCAAAGUGCUCGAUGGACGGAUCCCGAUUGUGCUCACGCCGCGCUACCCGAAGUUCAUGACGUUGUUUCUGAAAGUGCCCUCUGGUUUCUGGGUCCUGAAGCAAACGUGGAACGCGCACUCGGGCGUGAUGGAUCCAGGACUGAAAAUGUUCUGGCCGGCGUGGAACCGCGUCUCACACAUUGUGACCAAACAGGCAGUGACGUAUUCCAACCCUGUGCGCGGAUGUCCUACAUCUGAUAACGUGAUGGUCGAUAUUGACAUUUCCAUCAGCUUUCAAAUCGGCCCAACAGAGGAUGACGCAUACACUUUUGUGUAUUCGCUAGGAGCGCAUCGCUUUGACGAGUUACUCUACAGUCUCACGGAGGAAGCAAUUCGAGGUCUUGUGCACUCAGUGCGACAUGACCAAGUGCAUGACCUCAGAGAAGAAUUUGCCGUGGGAAUGAAGACGGACCUGAAGGCCAAGCUUCGAUCCUACGGUGUUUUCAUUCACAAUGUCAAAGUGACGAAUGUAGAGUUGCCAACAGCUUUGUCCAAAACACUUGAGGAGACGACGGCGUUCAAGACGCGUAUGGAGGAGCAGGAAAAGAAUCACGAAAACCAGAUGCGAAUCCUGCUAAAUCAGGAGACGCAGAAGCUCACAGCACUGGAGAAGGAGAAUGAGCGAGCGAUUCAAGAUUUGCAGGCUGAAAGUGUUCGUGCAGCGAUCAUUCGAGACGAGCGACGCACGAUCGCCGAAGCGAAGGCUCAGGUCACGAUUGCGGAGCACGAGUCGAAGAACCAAAACCAAAUCAAGGCAGCAGAAGGCUACAAAGCGAACGCUGUCGCGAGUGCAACUGCCAAGACGGUCAAACGCAAAGCUCUCCCGACAGUGGAACUCAACAGUCUCAAGGCGGAUUUCGAUCAGUUUGUAAGCGUGGCAAAGAUGGACGGACACGCAAAGAUUGAAGCCGCUAAAAAGGAGGCGGCGGCGAUCGUGGUCAAUGCUGAAGCGGAGGGCGUUUCCGCGGCGUUCCUCAAGUCCAAACGGGACUACGAGUACAACGAGAAGAAGAUUCACAUGCAGACUGCUCUACUGGAAGCUGUUCCACUUGUCAUUAGCGGCAAGAAUGGCGACCAGCUCCUUCAGAGUACUUUGUUGCAACCGCUCACGUCAGCAAAGUAG